AUGGCAGCCUCCGAGUCAUCGUACGUGUCUCACCGGAAGUCCCGCCUGCGCGCGUCACUCCGGCCUCUUUCCGAGCCGGAGCCCUUCGUGCGGCGCUACCUGGCCCGCCUCGGCGCUCUGCGGGCGGGCCCCGACCCCAGCCAGGCCCCGGAGGGCGAGAGCGGCCGCCGCCGCUGCACGGAGCUCCACCUCGUGUUCGACCAGCUCAUCUCGGAGACCUGCGGCCCCGCGGCGGGGAGGGAGGCGCCGCGGCCCGAGGAUGUUUGUGACUUACUCCUCCAAGCUUGUAAAUUAGUGCCACUUAAUCAAGAGCAUCUUGUCAACAAAGUGUGCCAGUUAAUUCAUCAUUUGCUUAACAGAUUCCAGGUUACGGUUGAUGAUGAGAGCCUGCAGUUCCUUGUACCAUAUUUCAUUUCUGCCCUGAAGCAGUGCAGCUCUUGGACACAUGUGGAAAUUCUGCAGGCCUUGGCAGCUUCCGUCUACAACAAUGGACCCAAAUGCCAAAAAUACCUUCCGGAUUUGUUGGGGGAAAAUGGACUUCUGGUACAAUUCAGCAGCGCAUCUCAGCCUGAUGCCGAGCUCAAGAGAGCCGCCGUGCACAGCCUGGCAAACUUGUGCCUCAGUGUACCUGGACAGCUGUAUCUAGAGGAACCUUACAAAGAGAUCUGCUUUCGCACAUUCCUCAACGUGUUACAGUCUUCAAAAGGACCUGGUGUGGAUGAGAUCAUCUUUUGCAUGUUGUUGCAGAACGCGUUGAAAGGUAUCCAGUCGCUCUUAAAUGGUGGGGAGCUGAAGCUGAUGCAACCCGAUCAACUUGGGUCCCUGCUUGCUGUGUUAAAGAAGUGUGUGUUCCAUGGGCUUCCUGGAGUGAACUUAGAAAUGCCAGCUAUCUUGUACCCAACGCUGCUUCCUCAGUAUGACAACAGGUCACCGGUUGAACAAGAGAAGUCUGAAGUGUGCAACUUGAAGCCACCAGUGCAUAGCAGAAGGAAAAAAUCCAAGGCAAAGCAAAAGAAGGGGAAGCAGGAGGGGGAGCCCAAAGAAGAUGAGGAAUGCAGUGGAGGAAGCGAGAAACCCACGUUAUCUGAAGAUUCACAGGAGAAUCCUGGUCCAGAUGUGCAGAGGCUCUCUCUGGAUGAGGCACGGGCAGUAGCCAUGAAGGAUCAUCUUUCUUUGCACACACCGGGCUGGAAAAGAAUCAGCAGCAGCGACUCCGAGUAUUCUGAUGCUGAGUGUGGAAUGCAGAGCAAAACCAGAUCGUUCCAAGCGACAGUCCGCCAAGCGGCUUUAAGCUGCUUCCUUUCCACUGUGAAGUCAAUAGAGAAGAAAGUCCUCUAUGGCUAUUGGCCUGCAUUUGUACCUGACACGCCUGGCAUAGGAAGCCCGCAAUCGCUGUCACUGAUGACUAUUGCUUUAAAAGACCCCUCUCCAAAGACUCGUGCUUGCGCUCUGCAAGUCCUUUCGGCCAUCUUGGAAGGCUCCAAGCAGUUCCUUUCCGUUGCUGAAGAUGCCAAUGACCACAGGAGGGCUUUCACUCCCUUCUCAGUUACUGUUGCUUCCAGCAUCCGAGAGCUUCAUCGCUGCCUGUUGCUGGCCCUGGUGGCUGAAUCCUCUUCCCAGACCCUCACCCAGAUAAUCAAGUGCCUGGCCAAUCUGAUCUCAAAUGUGCCGUACAGCCGCUUAAAGCCUGGGCUGCUGACCAGAGUAUGGAACCAGAUCAAGCCAUAUAUCAGACACAAAGAUGUUAACGUUCGAGUGUCGAGCCUCACGCUGCUGGGAGCCAUUGUUUCCGCUCAAGCUCCUUUGCCAGAGGUACAGCUGCUGCUGCACCAACCCACCUCUUCAGGGCUUGCCGAUAGUGGAUCCACUACGCCCCGCUCUCCUGGAGUGCCUGAAUGGCAGAGAAAACCCUCAGGGGAGCUACCCCGUCGCACGGAGAAUGUGCCUGCAGAGCCCUGCUGGCUCAUCCGACUCUGCAUCUCUCUCAUCGUGCUGCCAAGGGAAGACAGCUACUCAGACAGCGAUGCUGGCGGCGUAUCAGACGCCAGCGUGCAAGAACCCUCUCCUGUUCGCCUGGAGGCGUUGCAGGUCUUGGCUGUCCUUGUCAAAGGCUAUUUCUCCGUUUCCCAGAGCUAUUUGCUAGAGCUUGGUGAAGUUGCUUGCAGAUGCAUGGAGGAAACGGAUCCAUCUGUCCAGCUGCACGGGGCAAAACUCCUGGAUGAGCUGGGCAUGGGGAUCAUAGAGCAGCACAAGCCAGAUUCAGCUGUGGCUCCAGAUCAGCGGGUGCCAGUCGGCCUGGUUGUCACCUUCUGGACUAGGAUGCUGAAUGGCCCUUUGCCUGGAGCCUUGCAGAACUCCCAGCACCCAAUGCUUCAGACCAGCACUUGCAACGCCCUCUCCUCUAUUUUGCCGGAAGCUUUCAGUGAUCUACCGGCUGACAAGCAAAUCCUGUGCAUCACUGUUCUUCUCGGGCUCAACCACAGUGAGAAUUCGCUGGUGAAAGCUGCAGCCGCACGGGCACUAGGGGUCUACGUGGUUUUCCCAUGUCUUCGGCAGGAUGUGAUGUUUGUCGCUGACACAGCAAAUGUGAUCCUGACCUCGCUCUCUGACAGCUCUCCAAAUGUCCGUGCCAAAGCAGCAUGGUCCCUGGGGAACCUGACGGACACGCUGAUCAUCAACAUGGAGCUCCUGGGACAAAGUUUUCAGGAUGAAUUCUCGGAUCUCCUUCUGUUGAAAAUGCUACGAGCAGCGAUUGAGGCCUCGAAGGACAAAAACAAGGUGAAAAGCAAUGCCGUCCGUGCCCUCGGAAAUCUCCUUCAUUUCCUCCAGCCAGCUCACAUCGCCAAUCCCAGGUUCAGCGAACCGAUUGAGGAAGCCGUCCAGGCCCUGAUCUCAACAGUGUGGGGUGAAGCCACCAUGAAGGCACGCUGGAACGCUUGCUAUGCCCUCGGCAACGUCUUCAAAAACGCUGCCUUGCCACUGGGAGAGGCCCCUUGGACCGCCCGAGCCUAUGAUGCCCUUACCUCGGUGGUCAAGUCCUGCAAGAAUUUCAAAGUCCGCAUCAAAUCUGCUGCCGCCCUCUCCGUUCCAGCCGAAAGGAAGCAUUACGGCUCUCCCGAGCAGUUCUCUCGGAUCUGGAGUGCCCUGGUUGUGGCCUUGGAGAAGAGCGAGGACGCGGAAGACUUCCUGGAGUUCAAGUACAGCACCAGCCUCCGGACGCAGCUCUGCCGCGCUCUGCUUCAUCUGCUGAGCCUGGCGGGUGAGGCUGACCUGCCGUCCGUCUGGAGAACGGUGGCGGAGCACAGAGAGGCCAUCAGCUCGUAUAUGCUGCAGUACGUGAAAUCGGGAGUCGAAGAUGACGAAACGGGGAUUGGCGAGAACUUUUGUCAAAGGAAUGAGAUACUGAAGAAGGCUGUUGAGCAUGUGCGAGGUCUUGAAGAGCGGUUGACGUGCCCCGUGAAAAGGGGGGCCGUAGCUUGUCUGGAGGAAGUCUUGAAAAUCCAGACUGCUGCUGCAGGACUGACAGAAACUUGAGGGCAGGUGUCUUUAAUGUCCUUCCAGGUGUCCACUGGCAGCAUGAGAUGUCUUACUUGGAUGCUCUGUCUGAGCCAUCUCGGUCCCAUAGAACAGACAAGAGCAGGAUCGUUGGGUGGGCCGGUUAAUGUUUCAGAAUGUCUGGAGCGGACUUCCAGGCUACCAAGGAUUCUUCUCCAGGUUUAGCUGCUGUUUUCAAGGUGACCCACAGCCCUUCUGUAAGAGUCCGUUUUACAAGUCCUUGUUGUAACUAGCAUUUUUCUAAAAAGCAAAUGUAUGUAGAAAACAGACCAGGAGCAUCAGUUUAGCCGUGUGAGAACAGCGCAUACGUUACACAUGGUGGUGAUAAAAGUGCAUAAAUUACAAUGAUAGUUCCACAAGAGACAUUUAGACGAUCCAAGAAGUCACUCUCUGGGGUGACUAUUUCAAGGGAACUUGCCUAAAUGGAGAUCACAUAGUAAAAGUGCUUCCGGUUUGCUUCUCCUUUGGAUGGUAAUUUAAAACGCCAGCUGCCCCAUUGUUGCCUCUUCCCACGCACAGUCUGAGGGAAAAGAGUCCUCCAGUGGUCCGGAGUGGGGCAGUCUCCACUUCCAGGAGAAGCUCCUGCCCUCUGCCAGGCAGCAUUGUCGAUCUCGAGCGUUUCCUAGGGGAGGGGCCUCUCUCUCUGCCCCCAGUCUUUGGCCCUACCUCAAGGCAGCCAGACGUUGUGACCACGCGCUGUUUCGAGCUCAGCGAUUCCUAGUAGUACUUCAUUUGUUAUUUUUGUUCUCUUCAUCUUUCUACUGGGAGAUCUCUAGGGAUUGGGAAGGACCUUGUGUCUGUCCUCCCCCCACCCCCCGUUGGGAAGACUUCUGUCGGCAGCAGGAACACUGGGGGCAUUUGAAGCAGCGGGGAUUCCCCCCACUGCAGCUUCACUGGCUGGAUCUCACAAGCCACGGGGUCUCCCGCUCUUAUGCUGGGAGCUUCCCCCGCUG